AUGCGGCGAGGCCGAGCGGUGCGUCUCGUGUGUAUCCUGCUGCUCCCCGCGCUCACUUGCCUGUCGACUGCGUCUGCUAGACCCGAUGUCAUAUUCAGAGUGCCAGAAGUUGUGGUGCGUCCGAUAUCCGGGGCAAAGUCGGUCGGAAUAGGACCCAGCAAUACCAGCCGGGUCAACGACUCGGACCGAUGGGGCGAGGUCGAGGUUCAGUACGAGGAGUACUUCGUGGAGCACGAAGUGUCCACCGCCUCGGCCAGGCUGGCAGCUGCGAGGCUGAAUCUUGAUGACAUUCCAGAAACUCGAGUAGGGUGCGGGGCAUGCUCCCGCCGCGAGCUGGAGUACUGCGAGACGCGCGUGCUGGCCGACCACUGCUGCUGCGAGCGCCACUACCUGCCCGAGCCGUUCCCCUGGCUGCCGCACACGUGCUACGUGGGCCCGCGCCGCUGCCGGCCGCUGGCGCAGGACUGCGUGCGCUACGCCCGCCUCAGGGACUGCUGUUGCUACAAGAAGCUCGCCGAGCGCUGGAAGGGCAUACUGUCAAAGUCAUCACGGCUAAGUGUGGGCGGGGUGUCGUUGCUGCUGCUGGCCGCACUUGUGCUGGCGGCGCGCCCCUGACCCCACCCCCCCGCCCCCCGCCCGUCGCGCUUUGAGCGCUGCUCGGGGAUAAACGACACCUGUGCGUUAACACACCUACUACAGAUUCAUCACUCAUCAUCACUUC